AUGAAGAAGCUCGGCAACGGGAAGGGAAAGGUGCACCCUGCGCCAGCGCCGCAAGGCCACCUGGCUGCGCUACCCGCGGCCGUGAUGGCCCUGGCGGCGACGCUGACGGCGGGGGAGCAGGAGGUCCUGGCCUACUUGUUGUCCGGCGGCGGGAGGUGGAGGGAGCAGCGGAGGCGGAGGGCGCAUCCCCCGGAGCUGGGCUGCGACUGCUUCGGGUGCUACAAGAGCUUCUGGGCGCGGUGGGACGCGUCGCCGAACCGGCACGUCAUUCACCGCAUCAUCGACGCGGUCGAGGAGAGCCUGGAGAGCAGGGAGCGCGGUCGCGGGCGCCGCCGGAAGCAAAGGGAGCGGAAAGGCUGCGACUUAGCGGCGGCGGCGGCGGGGGAGGAGAUCUUCGGAUCGGAAGCGAAACGAUUCCUGGAAGUGGAUGGAGGGCAUUUGUGUAGCGACAAUAUUGUCGGUGAAUUCGGCGAUGAGGGGCGUGUUGAUGAUAGUGAAGAAGAAGAAGCAGAAGCAGAAGAUGAAGUAGAACAGGAGAAUAAUGAAAACGGCAGCCAUGAGAGCAAGAGCUCAGUGAGGAGAUUCAUGAGUUUUCUCGGAGAAAGUGUUUGGGGAGUUUGGAGUUGA